AUGUUCUGUAGCAUUCGCAAGUGCCAGAAGGGGGUUUUCGGCCGUUCGCCUACAUUUGUCGCACCGAGGUUUUGGUCAACUUGUCCGCUAGUGCAAACAGAGGAUGGCUUCGCAGGCUAUUCAGUCAGCUACAAGGGUGAGACGACACAAUUCUCGGCGACUGAGGUUACAGCCAUGUUCCUAACCAAGCUGAAGCAGGUGACGGAGGCAUGGUGUGGAGCAAAAGUGGCUGACGCAGUCAUCGCUGUCCCAUCCUAUUUCGCUGAUUUUCAGCGUGCUGGCCUCGUGAUCUUGGGAUGCAGUUCGUAA